AAGCUGGAAGUAAAAAAACAAAACAAACGGAGGAAGAGGUUAGCAACUGUUGGCAAAGCAACGUCGGCCUGAGGCGUGAAGAGCGGGGUGCGUGUGUCGCCUCCCCUCCCUGCCCGUGGACGCCGCGCAGGGUGUGGUGGUUUUCGUUCCCCAUCCCCUCCUCCUGCUCCUCUGGGCAGCGGGCGAGUCUCCUCCCCUUUUCCAGAUCCUUUUCCAGCCCGGCUCUGCUGACGUGUCUGCUCUGCUCCCCCCGCGCCUCCCUCCGCAGCCAGCCCGGCAGUCCUGCUCGCUAAACAUGGCUGCGGCGAGGCGGCGUCUCUCACUCGCGCUCCCGCUCCUCGCCUUGCUCCUUUGCGCCAAGCCGCCUUGCUGCCAGGCCAGCCGGGCACCGGACCGCCGCUUUGCAGAAUACAAGCGCUGCGCCGACCCCGAAUGCAGCAUGCUAAUGUGUCGCGGGAAGGCAGUGAACAAUUUUAAAGGUCCAGAUUGCCGUUUUUUAAAUUUUAAAGAAGGAGAAUCAGUGUAUGUUUAUUAUAAAUUGACUGGAAGAACAAAUGAACUUUGGGCUGGAAGCGUUGGAAAUGAAUUUGGAUAUUUUCCAAAGGAUUUACUUGAAAUAAAUCAUAUUUAUACCCAUGAUGAACUAGAAUUACCAACGGAUGAAACAGAUUUUAUUUGUUUUGAUGGAGGCAAAGAUGAUUUUGACAAUUACAAUGCAGACGAGCUUUUAAAAUUAUCAGAAGAUAUGUUGGCUAAUGAUGCUGAAGCUGAGCUGGAAACGGGAAAGGAAGAGGAGAUUGAUUCUGCAGAGUCCAUUGAUCCAGAGACUGAUGGUCUUGAAGAGGGCUCAGAAAAGAGCAAUGAAGGCCAUGCCAAAAUCAGUGAACAAGACAAUUUUCAUUUUGAAAAGAAAGAGAAUGUAGAGGGAGCUCUUGAUUCCAAGGGUGGGAAUAUUGCUGUAAAUAGUGACACAGACAAUCCUCAGGGAGACCAAAGUGCACAUCAGCCCUCAGAUGAAAUGCUGCAGGAAACAUUAAAAGUGCGAGAACAUGAAAGUGCCAAAAACUCUAGUAUAUCUCAGGGUGAAGCUAAACAAUCAGAGUAUGGACACAAAGAUGAUGGUGCUUACACACUUCUACACCAAGAGGCAUCAGAGGACUUGAAAACAACAUUUGGCUCAACGGCAGAUGCCUUUGUGUCAGAUGAUGAGACCACUAGCCUUGUUACAUCACUUGAUAGUGAUUUCACGGAAGAUAUGAACACUGACUCUUAUGCAGCUGAGAAGCUGGAAAAACCAAAGGAGCAGUCAAAAGAAAUUCCUUUGCUGUCUUUUACAGAAGAAGAAAUCAAAUCUUCAGAAGACCCAGAAGCUGAAAACAUAUCAUUUGAUGGCAUCUUUGAGUCAGAAACAAGUGAUCCUGAUGACGUCAGUGGGGAAGCUGCUACAAAACUCAUUAAUGAGAAAAAAGAUGACUCUGGUUUAUUUACACAUUUAGGAGAUAAGUUUUUUGCAAUUGUCAGUGGAGGUGAAAGAACAGCUGAUGAAACUGACAGAGAGGACAAGGAUGAUUUAGAGGAGGAAAGUGAUGACGAAGACGAAGUGGCCCUAAUCAGCAAGAAGGAAAAUACAGAAGAUGUUUUAGCUCAUUCAGAGACUUCCUCAGAAGAUGACCCCCUUAUAUCAAAACAUGAUGUUGUUACAAAGAAGAUACAUAAUGGAGAUAUUGAGAACCAUAAGGGAAAAUGGUAUAGAAAGGAAGGAAAACAUGCAAAAAGUGGGGUUGAAUCUAAUACAGAGAAACAACUACAAAGCACAUCUAUGCAUAAUUUUGGUGCCUUUUCUAAUUAUGGAGGUGGCCUGCAAUCUAAAGCAUCCAUUGAAAUCAAGGAAGAAACUUUCAAACCACCCCUAGGUGACAUCAAAGAUGAUCUAGAAGGCCUUUCUCUUCAUAAAAUAAUAAAAGACAAGGAAAAAGUGAAGGAGAAGAAUGUGGAGGAUAGUCUGGAAAAUGAGACAAAACACAAAACGUUAUGGGAAAAAAUAAACAAAAAAGAUGAUGAGGAUGAACAGUCCAUUGAUAUUGUACCAGAGUUGCUGGAAGACCUAUCAAAUGAAUCUCGAAGUGAUGUCGAUGACCUCUUGGAAGGCAAAACUAAGGAUGAUUCAAAGCAAGAUGAGGAAGAUCUUGAACUAAGCAAGGCCCCCAAUGCAAAGCAGACUAAUGUAUCUGCUGUGGAAAAUCUGAUCACUGAGAAAGAUCUUGAAGAGGAGGAGGAGGAGGAGGAGGAGGAGGAGGAGGAGGAGGAGGAGGAGGAGGAGGAGGAGGAGGAGGAGGAGGAGGAGGACUUUACAAGUAACAAGAAGACUCUAGAGGAAAGCUCUGUUAUAGAAAUACCCAUAAGAGAUACACAACAUAGAAACCUUACUCAGCAGGAUAUUGAUCAUUCUGAAGUUGAACACUUGGACCAAAUUAUUGGUACAGCUACAGAUAAAAGUAAAAAGGAAUUGUCCACAGCAGAUCCCCAGUCUUUGGAACUAGAAGUUGAAGAAGAUGAUUUUCUAGAAGAACCAGAAGAGGAACUACUACAAGAUGAAAAUGCUGCAAGUGCAAAAAUGUCAAAAGAGAAACUUGCAGAUGAACAAAAGUCCACAUUAGAUGUUGAAAGUGCAAACCCUCAGUUACAAAUGUCAAAAGGUGCUAUUUCAAGAGCUGGUAAUCCUGUUGAUGAAAUGGGAGAAGCAAUAACACUUGAGCAGGACAGGAAAGAAGACACUGUGCAAGAUUUGAAUGAACAAAUGCAAAGUGAAGAUUCACAACUGAGUGAGAUGAAAGAAGGUAAAGAAGAUGAGGAGGUGGAGCUGUCAAUAUUGUCUAAAGUGGACAAUUCAAUGGCCAAGGGAAAAAAUCAAGACCAGGGUGUACAUGAUAAAACAAUGUCAGCUAAUUUAAAUAUUUCAGAUGCAGAAGACACAAAGAAUGAUUUUAAUCAAACAAGGGAGCAUCUCCUGGAAGACCUUUCAGAGAAAGACGUUAAAGACAUACAGAUCUCAAUGGAAGAGACAGAAAAUAAACCCCAGCAACCCCUAUCGGGGCUUACAAGUGUUUCAGAAAACACAAAUGAAGCCAUAGAGCCAGAAUACAGUGACUCUGUGAAGCAGCUCACUAUAAUGAACACAUUUCUUGAUGCAAAACGUAUUGCACGUUUACAAAAGUAUCUUGGACAACAACAUAUUUUCAGGAUAGAAUCGUUAUUUCAUGACAUGGAGUUAGAGCUGAUGCUUGCUCAGAAACAUAAUUAUAACCACGAGGACACUGAACAGGUUUUAGAUCAGAUCCUUGAAACUUCUGAGUCUAACAUUCUGGACGUUGUGAAUAUCGUUUUAGAUUCAAGAGAGGUGGAAAAUAAAGAAGAGGUAGUCAAGGAAAUUGAUUUGUUUGAUGAAGAAGCUGCCUUAAUGGAUGAUAUUCAAGAACUAAUGUAUUCAUUAAGGCAAAAAUAUUCUCCCAUUAGUGAGAGCACUCCACUUGCAUCCCUUCUAGAAUCAGAGAUGGACGCGAGUGUACCCACUACAGUUAAUGCAAAACAAACUGAAUAUGACAGACAUCAUGUAGAAAACACAGCUGAGAGCACAGAUGAAAAGCUCCCCCAAGAUACAGAGCAAAUAUCAAAAGAGGAAGAUAUUCUUCAGCUGGAGCAACCAAAAGGAGAUGGAGACAUUUUGGCAGAGACUGGAACCUUGGAUGAAACAGAAAGCAAGCAAGUCCUUGAGAGUGACAAAAGAUUACUACAUCUGGAUACAGCCCUUGGGUCAGCUGAAACUGAGAGAAGUUCUGAGAAAGAUUAUAUUCCAGGUAUAAUUACUACAAUGGAUGAUGCCACGGAGGAGGGUACUAGCCCACUGGAACCAGACCCUGCUGCUCCACAUAUUCUUGCUGCCUUGGGUGGUGCAGUUCUUUUUGCCAAGAAAAAUAUGCGACCCUUCACAGAGAUUUUGAUUUCAACUCUACCUGAAGAUAUGCGACCUGGCCCUGACUUCUAUGGGCUUCCUUGGGAACCCAUUAUCAUCACUGCUUUGGUGGGUUUUGCUACACUUGCCAUUUUCUUCUGGAGAACCUGUCUAACUAUAAAGAGUAGAAUGUAUCAAGUGACAGAAUUACAACUUGCUGAAAAAAUUAAAACUCUAAUAAGAGAAAAGGCAGAUAUAUUGGAAAAGAUGUCGGAAUAUGAUCAAAAGAUAAAGGAAGCAAAGGAAUCUGUGAAAGAGGCCCAGAAACAGAACACAAACCUUUCAGAUGAAGCUCAGGGACUUAAGGACACAGUCAGUGGGCUUAAAGAAACAAAUUAUCUUCUGGAUGAUAGAGUGAGAAAUUUGCACACCAUGUUGGAAAUGGAGAAACAGCAGAACCUGAAGAAACAGGAACAAAUGACAGAAACACAGAAGUCUUUGGACAAACUCCAAGAAGUCAUCACAUUGCACUCAGUAGAGCUCUCUGAGGUGCAGAUAGCCCUCAAUGAAGCUAAACUAAGUGAAGAAAGAGUAAAAUCUGAGCUGCAUCGUAUGCAAGAAGAGAAUGUAAGACUUAAGAAGAGCAAGGAGCAACUGCUGCAAGAAGCGGAAGGCUGGGGUGAGAGGCAUGCUGAGCUCACUGAACAGAUCGAGUUAUAUCAGAAGUCUCAAAAAGACAUUGGAGAAGCACUUGCAUAUAAGGAAAAUGAAAUUGAAGUUUUGACCAAUUGCAUUAUGCAGCUGAAGCAGCUUGAUACAGAUUCUGAGUCAGAAAGCAAGAGGGAUGAAGGAAAUGAUCUGGCUAAUGGAGAACUGUCAGAUCCUAGGAAUGAAAAGAUGAAGAAUCAGAUUAAGCAGAUGAUGGAUGUUUCAAGGGUAAAAACGAUGUUAUCUAUCAUUGAAGAAGAAAGAGAUCACUUACAGUCCAAACUAAAUGAUGAAGUAGCAGCAAGGCAUGAAUUAGAAGAGCAAAUCAAGAAGAUGGAGCAUGAUUCAUGUUCUUUGCAGACAGCAAAAUCUCAUCUAGAAAGUGAAUGUAAAACCCUUCACCAGAAAGUGGAGAUUCUCAAUGAGCUAUACCAGCAGAAGGAGAUGGCACUUCAAAAAAGGUUGACCCAAGAAGAGUAUGAGCGUCAAGAGAAGGAGCAGAAGCUCUCUGCUGCUGAUGAAAAGGCGGUCCUGGCUGUAGAGGAAGUGAAAGUUUACAAGCAGCGAAUUCAGGAAAUGGAGGAAGAAUUGCAAAAAACAGAGCGAUCUUUUAAAAAUCAGAUUGCUAGUCAUGAGAAGAAGGCCCAUGACAACUGGCUCAUAGCACGUUCUGCAGAAAGGGCAUUAUCAGAAGAAAAAAGGGAAGCUGCCAACCUGCGGCAAAAGUUAAUAGAAGCGAAUCAAAAAAUAGCUACGCUUCAGAGACCACUGAUUGUGAAACCAACUCCAGGAAGACCAGACCAUCAAAUCCCCUCUCGCAGAGGUCCAUUAAGUCGAGAUGGGUCCUUUGGGCCUUCACCUGUGAGUGGGGGUGCUCCUUCCCCACCACUGAUGAUGGAACCUCCAGGGCGGCCUCUUUCUGCCAAUCCAAGGGAAGGGUCAAGAGGCGAACUCAGUACUGCUAUGGUUGAUGGUCCUCCAGUCCCCAGAAGACAUCCUGAGCUAUCUGGAAGAAUGUCUGUUCCAGAUCUUGGUCCUGCUGUAGCAGGCCUUCUAAACUGUGGGCCAAGAACAUCAUCUCCUUCUGCAGUAAUGGAUGGAAUGCAAAAUCCUCCCAAAGAAUGUGAAGCCCCCUGUGUUUCCGCUGUUCUACCUUCAAAUGCUGAAGCAACUGCAGUUAACAUGGGUUCUAAAGGCACACUAUCUUUUCCGGGGACUCCCAUAAUGACCUCUUCAGCAACUGGGCCUAUGCCACCUCCAGUUCGAUUUGGACCACCACCACCCAGAGUACCCUAUGGACCUCGGCCUCUUCCCCUCUCUCUAGGGCGUGGCGCUCCACCGCCACCUCUUCCAAGAGACUAUCCACCUGGCCCUCCAUUUAUGAUGCGAGAACUUCCACCUGGUCCGCUACCGCCUCCUGAGCAGAGAGGAUAUCUCCGCGGACCUCUUCCUCCCUUCCGACCACCAUCCAUCCGAGAUUAUCCUCCUGGUCCACGGCUACCCCCACAAGCAUUAAGGGACUAUCCCCCUCACCCUGUCAGAGACUUGCCACUUCCUGGUCCCAGUGACUACCAGGGAGGUCCUCCCUGUCCCCCAUCCCCAGCUAGCUCACAGGACUCAGCACAUCGUCCUCAACAGAAACCAUGACUUGAGAUGUCUGGACUGAACUCUACCACGUUUCAUGUGGUGAGGACUUCAGUGGCUUCAGCAGAAUCAACUCUUGUUUCCUCUUUUUAGAUUUGAUUUCAGUAUAGCUUUGGGGGUGGGGGGCAGAAAUAAUUUCUCUCCAACUUCUCUAGCAAUGUGCAUUUCUGAUCAUCUUAAAUUAGGAUGCGUUCAUCCUCUCUGGGUGCAAGUAUAACUUUUCCGUGAUGAACCUGAAGCCUCCUGCUUACUGCUGUGGCCGACCCACAGCUUUCAAUGUGCAAUAUAUGAAAGUACCUGUGUGGUUAGUUUUUAAUUAAUGUAGCCUAUGUAACAAGUUGGUGGAUGAUUUCAAAAUUCAAACUAAAAUCUCAACAUUUCCUGUGGAAAUACCUUAAGAAAUGCUACCCUUUCACAUAUAGCCUACAGUGACUGUAGACAAAUGGUUUACAUAAGGAUUCUAAUGCAAAUCUUUUAAAAACAUCUGGUGUGAAAAGCCAGAGGCACAAGCUAUAUACUAUACUGGAAGGACAAAUCUACUAAUAAAAAGAGCAAGAUCCUCUCUUUUUUGCUACA